CCAGUGUUAUCCACCCAGUCUGAUUCGAAUUUCCAGUAUUUCAAAUACUCAAGUAAUAACAAAGACCACAGUGCUCACUAUGUUUUAGAUGAUAUCAAAGACUACUAUUCAUUGGAUGACUUGCUACGGUUUUUAAAUUCUCCCAAGGGAAUAGUUUACAAGAAAAUAUCAUUGCAGUUUCCUGAUACUUUGAUCAAUCAAAGCUCUAUUGUUUUACAGUAUUUACAAGACAAUUUGCAGAGCGUGAUUGUUGCUGAGAGCAGCGAAAAUGAACUAAAUUUCACUUCGCAGGAUAAUCACAAAGAUUCUUCCUCCCACUCUCAUUCUCAUGAUCUUGAUAACUUUACUCCAUCAGCAAGAGAGGUAUGGAUAUUAGCUGACACUUCGUACUCUCCAUGUUGUAUUGAUGAAAUAGCUGCUCAGCAUGUAAAUAGUGAUUUAAUUGUUCAUUUUGGCGAUUCUUGUUUAUCAAACUUUAGCAAUUUAACUUCAAGUUCAAUUCUAAUCUUUGGGAAACCCUUAUUGAACUAUGACUCUUUAGUUGAGUUAUUUAAAGAGAAAUAUCCAAAUAAAGAAGACCGGAUUUUAUUGAUUUCAGACACGGUUUAUAACUGUCAUUUAUUUAAUCUUUAUCGGCUCUUGAAAAAUGAGUAUACAAACUUGGCUUAUUCAGAUUUAUAUUUGAACAACAAUAAUAAAAUAAGGAUAAUUGGUUAUGAAUUGAAGAGCUAUGAAAAUUCCACGUCCAGUUCUAUAAUAUUGGACAAUAGAGUAAUAUUAGGAUUAUCAGAAUCCGAGAUUAAACGACUAAAAGAGUAUGGUGGUGAUGAUGAGGAAAUCUCAUUUGGUGAUUAUAAAUUAUUCCACAUCAGCCAACCAGACCCUCCGAGACUAUUAUAUCUCUCUACUAAAUUUGAUUCCUUGACUAUAUACAAUCCAUUGGACGGAAGCGUUAAUGAUGGACCAUAUCCCUCUUUGAAAAGAAGAUAUCGUUCUAUGUUUGUUGCAAGAAAUGCGUCUACUAUUGGAAUACUAAUCAAUACGUUGUCGUUAUCAAACACAUUGAGCAUGUUGAAUAUGGUGAAAGAGUGGAUUCAUAAAAACGAAAAGAAAUCGUACAUGUUUGUUGUUGGAAAGCCCAAUGUGUCGAAAUUGGCCAAUUUUGAUGCUGUUGAUUGCUGGGUUGCUUUGGGGUGUAGUCAAAACGGAAUGAUAAUUGACGAAUAUAAUGAGUAUUAUAAACCAAUUUUAACGCCUUAUGAGUUGUAUUUGGCGCUAGCAGCUGAAGUGACAUGGACAGGCAAAUGGGUUACUGAUUUUAAGGAGAUAAUGAAGUUGGACAACAGAGACGAGGAGGAUAAAAGUCUGGAUGGGAGUCAUGGCAGUGACGAAGAUGAAGAUGAAGAUGCUCCGGAAUUCAAUCCAGUUACUGGACAGUAUGCAAUAAAUUCCAGACCAUUGCGACCCAAACUAUACCAGCAUAUUGAGAUUGAAGCUCCCAUUGAUAAUGAGAAGCAGUUGGUUAAGCAAUUCUCAAAGAGUAUGGUUAUUAAAGGAACGAUUUCUACUUCAGCGUUGUAUUUACAGAGCCGAGAAUGGAGUGGGCUAGGGAGUGAUUUUGUUCAAGACGAUAAGGAGGACGAUGAAGGCGCAAUUUUAGAGCAGGGUCGAUCCGGAAUAGCGAGGGGCUAUGGUUACGAUCGAAAAGUGAAU